AUGGGGGAGGAGGUGGCGGUGGUGCUGGAGCCGCCACGGCCCAAGUCGCCGCCGAGGUACCCGGACCUGUGCGGCCGCCGGCGGCUGCAGCUGGAGCUGCAGAUCCUCAACCGCGAGAUGGACUUCCUCAAGGACGAGCUACAAUCACUUGAAGCAGUUCCACCAGUUUCUAGAAGUUGUAAAGAGGUAAAUGAGUUUGUUGGUACAAAACAAGACCCACUACUACCGAUACGCACCGAUCUUGCCGUCUUUUUUGGUGGAUUAGAUCAAAAUUGUGCAUAUGCGUGUCAUGGUUCUGCUGCUCCUGCCAUUGCUUGCCCAACUGCAGAAGACCAUGCUGCUUGGAUUGCUCCUGCUGCUCAUGCCCAGAUCUGUCAUGCUGCAAGCCCAGCUGCAAAUCAUGCCACAAGCCCUGCUUUGGGCCGAACAGCUGUUCAUGUUGUGACACAUCAUGCUGCAAGCCAGAUUGCCCAUCGUGUAGUUCGAGCUGCAGCUCGUGCUGCAAUUUGUCGUGUUGCAACCCGAACUGUAGCUCGUGCUGCACCUGCAAUCCAUCAUGCUGUAAACCAAACUGCAACUCGUGCUGCAGACCGAACUGCAGCUCGUGCUGCAAUCCGUCAUGCUGCAAACCGAACUGCAGCUCAUGGUGGAAACCGAGCUGCAGUUGCUUCAAGACCCUCUCGUGCUGCAAACUCCAGUCCAGUCCAAACUGCUGCACUUGCAGCCUCCCGCGCUGCUCCGGCUGUAACCCCAGCGGCAGUUGCAAGCAAUGCUGCUCAUGCCCCACCGACUGCUGCAACUGCAAGCCAAGCUGCGGCUGUUUCAGCCCGCAAUGUUGCAGCUGCGUGGAAUGCUGCUCGUGCUCAAGCUGUUUCAGUUGCUUCGGUUGCUUCAAGUCCUUCAAGUGCUCCAACCUGUUCGGGUGCUGCUCCUGCAAGCAGUGCUUCAAGUGCCAGUCGUCGUGCUGCAAGGGGGCGCCGUCCUGCUGCAAGUGCCAGUCGUCGUGCUGUGAGGGUGAAGACGGCAGCAGCUGCUGCCGGAGGUCAUGCUGCAGUGUUCCGAAGCCGGCUUGCCCUGGGUGCUCGUGCGGGUGUGUUUGGUCCUGCAGGAAGUGUACAGAAGGGUGUCGAUGUUCUGGGUGCCGCAAUCCGUGCUGUGCCACUGGAUGCCUGUGUUGAGGCUGAACUAGACGGUUUCUUUGGUUGUUAUUUUUUGCGUGUGCUAUUUUAG